ACGCGGCUGUAGGCGUGAAGGCGUUCUUCGACAUGAUGCACAGCGGACCGCACAAAGUGAUGCUGUUCGGUGCGGCUUGCACACAUGUCACGGACCCCAUCGCUAAGGCGUCUAAGCACUGGCGACUCACACAGCUCAGCUACGCGGACACGCAUCCGAUGUUCACCAGCAACAGCUUCCCGAACUUCUUCAGGGUGGUGCCAUCGGAGAACGCGUUCAACGCUCCCCGCGUGGCCCUCUUGGUUCACUUUAAUUGGACGAGGGUCGGAACUAUUUACCAAAACGAGCCGAGAUACGCCCUAGCGCACAAUCGAUUGGUCGCCGAUCUGGACGACAGUAAAAUGGAAGUCGUCGAGACGCAAAGCUUCGCGACAGAAGUAAGCUCCGCGCUGGAGAAGCUCAAGGAGAAAGACGUUAGGAUCAUUUUAGGAAAUUUUAAUGAGGUCUGGGCCAGGCAGAUAUUCUGCGAGGCGUACAGAUUCGGGAUGUUCGGUAGAAAGUAUCAAUGGGUGAUAAUGGGUACUUACGCGGAAGAAUGGUGGCUUCGUCCCGGUGGCGGUUGCGACCCGGCCGAGCUCUCGGAGGCGUUGCACGGCGCCAUUUUGACGGACCUGCUGCCGUUGACCACGGAGGAGCGGUACACGGUGUCCGGCAUCACGCCGGAUCAAUAUCGGGUCGAGUACGACUCGAGACGGGGCACGGAGUACUCGAGGUUCCACGGAUACACGUACGACGGUAUAUGGGCCGUCGCUCUGGCUAUACAGCACGUGGCGCGCAGGAUAAGACACUAUCGUCGCAAUCAGACCAUAUCGGAUUUCAAAUACAGGGACGCGCUCUGGGAGAAGCUGUUCCUCGAGGCCCUGAAGAACACCAGCUUCGAGGGAGUCACGGGGCCAGUGCGCUUCUACGAUAACGAGAGGAAAGCGUACAUUCUGUUAAAACAAUUCCAAAGCGGGAACGAGGUGAAAGUCGGCGAGUUCGACGGCGUGACCGGCGUCUUGGACCUGACCAGGGGUCAACCUUUGGUCUGGCGAGGCAGGUCGCCGCCGAAAGAUCGGACGCUCCAUAUCAUCGAGCAUUCGACGGUGAACAUAACGAUUUACGCGGUCCUAGCCUCGGCUGCUAGCGUCGGCAUCGUCAUGGCGGCCAUUUUCCUCGCCAUCAAUAUCAGAUACAGGAACCAAAGAUACAUAAAAAUGUCAUCGCCGCAUUUAAACAACCUCAUUAUCGUCGGAUGCAUGCUGACCUACAGCAGUGUAAUUUUCCUUGGGUUAGAUUCGCAGCUGUCCAGCGUAACGGCAUUUCCGUAUAUUUGCACCGCGAGAGCGUGGCUGCUCAUGGCUGGUUUCUCGUUGGCCUUCGGCUCCAUGUUCUCGAAAACAUGGCGGGUACACUCGAUCUUCACCGACGUCAAGCUCAACAAGAAGGUCAUAAAGGAUUACCAGUUAUUUAUGGUCGUCGGUGUAUUGUUGGUUAUUGAUUUGGGGAUUAUGACGACGUGGCAGGUCGCGGAUCCAUUUUACAGGGAGACCAAGCAAAUGGAGCCCUAUCCUCAUCCAUCCAGCGAGGACAUCAUCAUUAUACCGGAGAACGAGUACUGCCAGAGCAAUCGGAUGACCGUUUACCUGGGCUGCAUAUACGCGUACAAAGGUCUCCUAAUGAUGUUCGGCGCCUUCCUCGCUUGGGAGACCCGGCACGUGAGCAUCCCCGCGUUGAACGACAGCAAAUACGUCGGCAUGAGCGUCUACAACGUGGUGAUCAUGUGCGUAACCGGCGCGGCGAUCAGUUUCGUGCUCGCCGACAAACAGGACGCGAUGUUCAUCAUGCUCGCGGUCUUCAUAAUAUUCUGCAGCACGGCCACCCUCUGCCUGGUCUUCGUGCCAAAGCUGAUCGAACUGCGAAGGAACCCGCAGGGAGCCAUAGACAGACGAAUGAGGCCGACGCUUCGGCCGCCGUCGAAGACGCGGCGGGACUCCAGCAUGAGCGAGCUGGAGGAACGAUUGAAGGAGGCGACGCUGGCCAAUCAGAAAUUUCGUAAGCAACUUAUGGAAAAAGACUCUCAGCUUCAGAUGUUUCAAAGAAGGCUCGAGGACGUGUCGAACACGCAGGAGGCGAUGGAUAGACUGACGGUUCCCAGGCAAGAGGGCACGCUGAAGAAAGAGGGUAUGUCCGUCAACACGGAGACCACGGACAUCUCGAUGUCGAUGUGCAGCCUGAACUCGACCACGAUCUCGCAGCCGGAGCCAGACUACGCGAACACGAACGGCGUGGAGCAACAGGCCCCGAAGAAGAAGACGUCCUUCUCGAAGCUGCCGGCGAUCGCCAUUGACGCGGAGCGCGUCCCGCUCGUCCCGCAGUCGGAGAUCGUCAAGCAGGUCGCCGAAGGCGUGCUCUCGGCCGUGCCGUCGGCGCUGAAGCACACGACGGAGGAGUCGGACACGACGCGCAGGAGGAGCAGACCUUCCGGAACAGGAAAGGAAAGCGAACCUCUGAUCGAGAGGAGUCCGGAGCCGCGUCCCGAUGGCAAGACCAACGUGGAGUUCGUGCCGGAGAUCGUCGAGGAAGGCGACGCGGUGAUCCUCGAGGAGACGGAGAUCCCCAGACACGGCAAACCGAUCAGAUACAGGGACGAUCGCAGGUCUAGGCUGCCUACACCACCGCCAACGAAGAACGUCUCCUUCGGCGAGCUGCACGAGCAGGACUACCUCGAGCAGGCCAUUCUGCCGCCGCCUAUGCAGUUCGUGCCGAAGCAUCGGCAUUCCGCUUCGGCGGCCGCGUCCUCCUACCAGUCCUUGAAGAGGAGAUCGUCCGUGAAGAACAACGGGAUGGCGCACUCCCAUCACGAGCUGUUCCAAACACGGCGGACCAGCGUGCCUAUAAACUCGAUCAGCUACAUCUCGACGGAGAACGUGUCGAAGUCCGAGAGGACCGAGGUCUCUUUGGGCUCGUUCGACAAGUCGUACGUGAUCGGCGAGUGCGGGCACAGGCGAGCGCUGUUCACCGGGACCGGAUAUCGCUGCGAAAAACACGGCGGAGGCCGCGGACACUCUCACGCGACGCUGAACGGCUCGGCGGAAACGCCGCCGGUGCCUAGACGUCAGAGGAAGCGGUACGACUCGCAGAACGCCAGCUCGCCUAGCGUUCCUGCGGUCGUCAGCGCGAGCUACUCCGAUACCGAGAAAUGCGAGGAGUCCGUGUCGACCAUCAUCCAGCGGUCCGUGUCGGAGCGCUCGCGGGAGAAGUGUCUCCGAUUACGGACCGACAGUCACGCGAUAGCGGAGUGUCCUCACCGCGCGGCUCGCAGGAUACGAGAGUGCAGGCACACGGAAUCGAAGCUCAGGCAGCAGGCUCGGCUGGAGUACGUGCAGAGCACGCCGAACGUCGCCACGAUCCACAACAACAAGUUCGGCAGCGCGAAUCCGCGGGACAGCGGAGGUUCCGGCGGAAUAGACGGGAACGGAGCUGGCGCCGGAACCGGGAUCGGCCUCGGAAUCAGCAGCGGCGUCGGCGGAUCGGUGGCUACCAGCGCCGACGUGGUCGGCGGGUCGACGGUGAACGUGUCGAAAAUGUACAGCGCGGUGUCGGACGGCGAGCUGCUGGACGUGACGAUCCUGCCGAUCUUUCAGAAGCUGCUGACCGAGAGGCACAAGAGCUCGAGGGGCGGCUACGGCGCCAGCGUGGCCAGCUGUCCGAAUAUAUCGAUCAAAUGCGACAUCGUCGAAUACCUUUAACGAUCUUCCAGGGAGGCUAGUUUGAAAAUUGCUCGCGCGGUGUCGGCGAUAGCUAUCCUCGUCGAUGAACGGAAGGGAUGGAGGAAAAUCGGGGAUCGACUGUGCGGAUCAACCGCCCCCUUCGGUUUCGAUGAUCCUUCACUCUAGAAAUCGACGCGUCGGACGACUCUUUCCUCUCGCAGACGCUCGCUCGGUUUAGACACUCGUAAAAGACGGAUCGAAGCUGACGAUUUUUCGGAAUUCCAGUGUCCACGGAGUCCCGCGCGUAUGCGACAGGAAAUUGUUUAGAAUAUCGAUUUCUGCCGCAUGUUCCGAAGCCAUUGAAACCAGCGGGGAAUAGUUGAUCCGCGAGUUUAUCGGGGAACGGAAACACCUGCUCGACGCAAGGCGUCGUCGCAACUUGUUCCUGUCCCCGACCGAGUGGCGAUCGGUUUCUAAACUUUGUUCGUUCGAAGACCGCAGAGCGGUUCCUUUGUAAUCAGCGAUUCGCAAGCCGAUCACGAUCCCAACCGUCGCGAGUCGCGUCCCCCGUGCGACGCGAUAACGAUUAUCGCGGCCGCGAUCGUCGCGCGGACAACCUGCGCGUGCACCAACGAGCGCGACGCGUUCCCACUCAUCGCGAUACCCGCUCCCGCUAGAUCUCGGAUAAACCGUUUUUUAUAUAUCGGCGACCUUUUAACCUAACGCGUACACCCGGGAGCAAGGGAGCUGGAACGCUCGUCGUUGCCUCGCGCAGACGGUCGCGCGGAGAAGACAUCCGCUCGCUCGGCUCUUCUGUAACAACUCCGCGCGACGGGACAAUGUGAUCAGCGUACUGAGAAUCGGAACGAUAUCAGUCGAAAAUAGUACAAAACGAGAUGAUUUUUGUCUCUGAAACUGGUCUUUGCUUUGCUUCGAUUCGACUUUCGUGGAUGAUGGUUUAUCAUUGGAUCGGACUUUAACGUUAGAACCAACGAACCCGACGACGACGUCGAGUCGUGGGUUCUAACGUUGAACACCCGUGUGUUCAUCGAUGAAAAACGUUUGUUGCGUUCCCAUGUAACCGGGGUAGAAUUUGAUAAUUCUACGAGACACGGAUCACGUGACUCGCAUCGUUACGAUUCUUAACGCCGCAAUUGUGCAAUCCGGACGUUUCGACGCUCGCAGGGGCAUCGACGAUCCGCCACUCGGAAAAUCUAGAUCGCGUCGAUGCGCUACUUUUCAUGCAUCAAGUUGUUACUGCACUGCGGAUUUUCAUGCGUUUAUAGGUCGUGGAGCGUUGACAGAAUUACAUUGUUUUUUAUAUUACAUUGAAUCCGUGCCGGGACCGCGGACGCGAGAGAUAGAAUUCCGGUUUAUCUCGGUUCAACGAUCGAUGACCAGAAAAACGCGGCUUCGGAUAAAAAUCUGUGAGUCGCUUAUUACGAAAAAACAACAAAAAAAAAGAGAGAGAAAAAAUACACCGAGCAGACAGGCAUACCUGUAUCUAUCGAUUCGCCGUACAAUCAACGGGAUUUCUUUUUCCGCGCGUGAUCAGUUUCGAAUCCAUCCAUCUCGGCUGGAACAGCGUUGGUUUCCCGUGUCUUCGGCAGCUUCGUAUCAAUCGCGUUCUUCGAUAAUCUUGUUUUCUCGUUUGUUCCGUUGUGAAGACCUCGUCGCAUUUUCCAACGUGCCACGGUAAGAGAACGGAUCUCAUUCGAUUAGGAGGAACGACGGUGAAACGAUCGGUACGGUAGCACCGAUCUUGGAGAGAGAAACUCGCGGGUCAAUGGGGAUGACGCGUAAGUCUACGUGAAGCAUAUCGCUGGAAACGUAACGAUUUCGACUAAUUUUAUAGCGUACGAUGUUCGUACGGUUAUCGGCCGCUCUCAGCGAUCGUAGGGAGAACGGAGGAACAGGAGCGAAAAUCAUUUUCUCGUUACGCUUCGCCUCGCCUCGCCCGGGAAGUGAUUCUCGGUACCAAUAUGGUGGCGGUGUUACCCUUUGUUGCCGUGCCGACGGGAUUGAUAAUUCUAAAGAAAACAGCCGCGGCCCGUUUCACGACGGCGGCUCGGUACGCGAGAUCGGUUCGACGGGAAGCGAGUUUAAUCGACGAUUAAUCCGUUGCCUCUUGUUUAAGGUAGUCAAUUCACUCGCGGCGGAACAGCGAGCGGAAGCGUGUCUCUCGCCGCGGGAAAAUGGCCGGCGUCUCUUCGUCGACGACGUCUAUUUUAGUCUAAAGAGAAAUAAAAAAAAAAGUUUCAACAAACAAAUUCUGAAUGUGACGUGCAUGCCUAGUGAAAACAGAAUCGAUAAGGAAGAAAAACAAUUAAUGAAAACGUUGUACUUAUGUCCGUUUCGGUUGACGAUUUCCCCGGUUUCCGUUCGUCGGUUCGUUUUUCUGUUCGAGGAACAAUUGAGGAAAGAAAAUGGCGGAGCCUACCGGACGGAACGGUGUCGAGUGAAAGCGUCCGGAUGUUCGGAAAACCGUAUUAUCGAUACUCAAUCGAGAGCCUAACCUGUAAAACUCGCGUCGCGAUCGGUUGCUUUGAACGCCGCCCGACCGAGCGAGUCUUGUACAUACGAUUACUCUCGAAAUAAAUGUCAUGUUUACAGGUAAAGACUAGACACUUGUCACGUAAAACGAUUGUGUGCCCGUUUUCUCGUAAUUCUCUUUUGUUUUUCGUCGUCUACUCUCUCUCUCUCUCUUUCUCUCUCUCUCUCUCUGUCUUUCUCUAUUACAUUCUUCUUUUUCCUCGUCGUCUUUUCCCUCGAUUGUUCGAACAAUCGGGACAUUUCCCAUCGUUCACCGGCACCCACUUGCGCGCGUGUACAUUUCUUUUUCUAACAACAACAAUUACCGAAGCAAUACUCGUCGUCGUCGUCGUCGUCGUCGUCGUCGUCGUCGUCGUCUCUUUGUAAACUUGUAUUCGGACACCGAAUCACGUAUCGCGAACGCGACUCGACUAAUGAACGAACGUGAACAGACUCCGGUAUGAUUUCGAAUAAGUAAGAGUUGAAUGCUAACAGGUCAAUUAUAUUCAAUUUUAUCAAUAAAGUUGAUUCGUUCGUUUUAUCGGCUUCGACUUCUUCAAGACGGAGCGUUCGGUUUCUCACGAUUCACUCAUCUCGUACAUGAAAACAUACACACGUACACACACACGCAUGCAGGACACGUACACACACGUGUACAUGUACAAGUAAAUUCGAAACCUUUUACAUGCUGCCGUUCUGUCUCUCUUUCUUUCUCUGUCUCUGUAUAGUUGGCCGGGAAUGAAAUUCCCGGCGGCGCGAAAGGACGAUUACUCUUCCUGUUCAAGAAUCAUAAGCAAACGAUUCAUCUUAAUUCGUGAAACACGCAUUCGAACACAGUACAAAACGGAACGCGCGUUUCCUCGAGCGAUUAAACAGUACGUAAAAUCGAUCAUCUCGAUUGUACGAUUCAACGUUUGUUGUCUACGUUUAGCAUAUAGUACAACGCAAUCUUCUGUUAAUGUAAAGUGAAUAGAGUUUAAUAA